AUGGCAUCGAAAACAAGCCAGGCUGCCUUCUGGAGAUACUCUCUGUACAAAUCGCCCAGUGGCGAAAAGCCUCUUCUUCAUUACUGUACCAAGUUCGAACAGGCCGAGCAAGUUGCGAAGUUGUUCUCGGAGGAGCCAAUAAUAGGCUUUGACAUCGAGUGGGAGAUGGGCAGCACUGUCGCCUCGGGCAACAUCAAAGACAACGUAUCGCUGAUCCAGAUUGCAUGCGAAGACAGGAUUGCUCUCUUUCAGAUUGCCUUAUUCGCUGGGGAGAGCAAAGAGGAUCUUAUGCCUCCAUCCCUCAAAGCUAUUCUCGAGUCUCCAGAAAUCCUGAAGACCGGUGUCAAUAUUGCAGGAGACUUUACUCGCCUACGCAAAUGCCUGGGGGUUGAGNGGCAGGCAAUAUUCGAGUUGAGUCAUCUCUACAGGCUUGUGAAGUUUUCUGAAAACGAGCCAGCAAAGGUGAACAAGAAGCCAUUGGCACUAGCUGAGCAGGUACAAAAUAUGCUGUUCCUCCCACUUGACAAAGGAAACGUUAGGACGAGUGCCUGGUCAAGGAGGUUGUCGAUGGAGCAAGUUGCGUACGCCGCUACAGAUGCCUAUGCAGGUUUCAGGCUUNUUCGAGAGCUUGAAAAAGCGAGGACCAUGAUGGAUCCCAGGCCGCCUAGGCCGGCGCUGUGGGAACUUGAUCAGCCUAUCAUUCUCGGCAAUGGCGAGCGGGCUGGCGAAACACGUCCAAAGCGCAAGACUGUCCCGAAAAAGGCUACAGAGGUCGAAAGUCAACCGCCCAUGCUUAGUGUAGAAGAAGAGCAAGCUCUCAAUGACGAGGAAGAGGAAGCUCAGGCCGAAGCAGGUGCAGACGACAUGGAAGACGACAAUGCUCAAGAUGAACUCGAAAAUUAUGAGGACGAGCCAGCAGCAAUUGUCAAACACGAAGCUGCCGAACGCUGGCUCGGUCAGUGGGAGAGCAAUCUACCGCUUGGAAAGAAAGGCAAGAAUGCACCGUCGACCAGCAUCCGUGCCUAUAGUCUAUGGCACGUUCAAGGCCUCGAGCUUCAGCAAGUGGCCGAAGCGAUGAGGCAACCACCUCUCGCCCUAGGUACGGUAGCUUCCUACGUCCUUGAAGUCGUGAAAUCGGAACGCCUUCCCUACGAGUCCGCGAGGUUGCAGGAGGCACUGGACGUGUUACCCUCGGUAGCACAUUGGAGGUACAAGAGCCUGAUACAGAAGACUCGGUCUGAAAUAUGA